CACAUCACCAAAGUAAUUUUACAUUUUAUUUUUCUUCUUCUCCUCUUUAUUUUAUUUUUUAUUUUAUAUUUUUACAUUUUUUCCCUCUUUCGUUACUCAUCAAGAUCAUGUUACAACCUGCAAAACCCUAGUUCCCUCUCAAUUUCGAUCUCUAUUUUCCCCCAAAUUAACCCUUUCUCCUCACCAGAUCUGAUCCCAACCGUUCGAUUCCUCCAAUCCUACGGCUCUAUUUCAAUCCACCCCUCAAUUUCACACCUUUUCUAGGGUUUAAUUUCUUCAAUUUUCGCACUCCUUCCAAACCCUAACCAAUUCGAUUUCUUCGUUCAAUUCGAAGAAAUCGGAGUGCUUUUUGUUGUUCUGGUACACUUAGGGUUUCGUUUCUUCUUUGAAACGGUGAAAUUAGGGUUUCUAAUUUAUCGAUUUUGUUGAUUGUUUGUUCGAAAUUGAGUGUUCGUCUUUGUUCAUGUAUGGAUUCUGGAACAUUAGAUGCUGAUAAGAUAAGAAAAGAGAAGAGUAAGUGGGGAGACUACAAUAAAGUUUAUACAAGAAGACGUAAAAGAGUUAUUAAUCACGCUUCCGCCGCCGUUUCCGCCGCUGUAGCUCCGGUCACCGUUUCUCCAGCCACCGUUUCUCCAGCCACCGUAGCCGUCGCUUCUCCGGUCACCGAAGCCGCCGUAGGUUCUCCAGUUAACACCACCAAUAACGACCAAACCCUAACCCUAGCGAACGAUGUGUCAAAUGAUUUUUCCGGUCAAAGCCCACGGCAGGAACCGAUGGUUCCGGUGGUUGCCGGAAACGGUGUGGUGAGACCGGGACCGAUUGCUACGUUGGUGGAUGAUCGGGUUCGGAUACGUCUGGAAGCUUCCACGUCUAAGGAUGACAUUAAAGAGCUUAGGGAGAAGCUAGAACUGGAGCUGGAUCAAGUUAGGAGUUUAGUUCAGAGGCUUGAAGAUAAAGAAACCGAAAUUAGUCAUUAUUCCAACGCGAUUGAAAUCGCGGAUAACGAUAACGAUAACGAUGGAGGUUAUGAUCAGUUGCAGUAUCAUUCGGGUAAUGUUACGGUAGAUAGGAGGUCACUGGUUAGGGUUAAUUCAGAAAUGGGAAUGGGAAUGGGAAUGGGAACAGAUUAUAUGGAUAGGAGAGGCUUAACGCGAGUUUAUUCGGAGAUAGGUUCGGAUAUGGUUGAUAGGAGAGCGUUGAUGAGAGUUGGUUCGGAAGUGAGUCCGUUUGAGAAUCAUGAUAUGUCGAGGUUUAGACAGUUGAGUGUAUCGGUUGGUGAGUAUGUUGAGAAAGAGAAGCGGACGCCGAAAGCGAAUCAGUAUUAUCGGGGUUCAGAUUUCCUUCUUGGAAAAGAUCGGUUGCCUCUUGAAAGUAACAAGAAACUGAAAUCGAAUGGUGGUAGAAAGUCGGAUUAUUCGGUUGGUCUUGAAAGGCACAAGAACCAGGUGUUUAGAAGCUGUAGUAGUUUGCUGCAGAGGUUAAUGAAGCACAAGCAUGGUUGGGUGUUUAACGAACCGGUUAAUGCGAAACUUCUUGGGCUUCAUGAUUAUCAUGAUAUUAUUAAACAUCCGAUGGAUUUGGGCACAAUUAAGAGUCGGUUAGCCCAGAAUUUCUACAAGACACCUGGCGAAUUCGCAGAGGAUGUUCGGCUCACGUUUCACAACGCGAUGACUUAUAAUCCCAAAGGUCAAGAUGUGCAUGUUAUGGCUGAACAGUUGUCGGACAUAUUCGAAGAAAAAUGGGUGGUGAUUGAGUCUGACUGGAGGUACGGACCCAUUAAUGAUUCACCAGUUGCAAGAAAGGUUAAUAAUCCUAGAACUCUCGAUAGGUCUCAAUCGAUGGGUUUGCCGUUCAUGGCUAGGCCGAAACCGCCAAGCUUUGCACCGGUGAGUCGAACACCGGCCCCGAAGAAACCCAAAGCCAAGGAUCCGAAUAAGCGGGACAUGACGUUCGAAGAAAAGCAAAAGCUUAGUGCAAAUCUUCAGAGUUUACCGUCUGAAAAACUCGACAGCAUUGUGCAGAUCAUAAACAGGAGUAAUACUUCGCUUUCUCAAAAUGACGAUGAGAUCGAAGUUGAUAUCGAUAGUGUUGAUGCUGAAACUCUAUGGGAACUCGAUAGAUUUGUCAUGAAUUAUAGGAAGAAUUUGAGCAAGCACAGAAGGAAAGCCGAAAAGGCAAGAGCGUUAGCUGGAAAUACUAAUCAAGCCAUGCUACAAAACCCGGCAGCAUCUGUUCCAGUGGCACCACCGGAAACGAGAGCUGCAGAUGAGCAGAAUCGUGCUGCUAGUCCACCGAACCAAGGUGGGGAUAAUGCCAGCAGUUCAAGCAGUUCAAGCAGUGAUUCCGGAAGCUCUUCAAGUGAUUCAGACAGUGACAGUUCCUCUGGUUCAGAUGGCGGGCAAUAACCUAGGACUUAAAAAGAGCAGCAGAUUAAGCAUGGGACGAAUCUUAAGGGGUCAAGUUGAUGAAAUAGUAUGCAGAACUUUUGCCUUUAUAUAGUACAUCUUUUUCGACCGCCUUUGGUAUAGUUUGUUUUUAAAGAAGAUUUUGAAUUUCGGUAUUAAAAUAAUGAUAUAAAGAAACUAAGAUAAGUUCAAUGCUCGUUUUUGCUCGAUGACUUUAGAGGGUCGAUUAUUCUCUUUGGCAUAUGUUCUCUUUUUUCUUCAGUUUUUUUUUCUUCUGCCAGAUAUGUUUGGCACAUCACUUAUCUUUUUAUAUUUCUUAAUAUAUGAUGGUUUUGAGUGACAUUUGUUAGUCAAUUAUAUUCAUUGUUAUAUAAGUCGAAUACAAUCUGUAUAUUCUGCUAAUUGUUGACAGUUAAUUUGAUUGCAUGAUGGUCUUAUAAUUUGCAGAUUUUGGCAGAAACCGAUGCUAUCCCGUGAAAGUCGUAAAAUGCUUGUGAAAGGGCAUAUAAGAUGCAUGAUGACUAAACCACAAAACUGUUGAGAUGUGUAUUGAUCUGGAAAUUUUGGUUGAACAUGUUGGUUGGUUGGUAUAUGUUGAGGUGAUGGCUUCUGUUAGAAAUUAGGAUGUAUGAAUUAGAAUUUUUUUAGGAAUAUGGGACUCCUUCCUUGGUGUGGCGAAUGUCGGUUGCCAAGAAUUUGCUACCUGUUUUAGAUAUGAGGAACCCAUGUUAGGUUUUGAAUUGUGUUUUGACCCGACGCAGGAUUAUUUUCAUAAGUUGGAUGGAUGGGUGAUGUUUCUUUCGCCCAACAUUAUAAGUCGUUCCAUUCUUUGUAACGCUUAUGUCACAUGCCCCAUGAUGAUAAACAUAGGUAGCAUGUACAGUUAUUGCAUGUUGGAUUAUUCAUCUGUUUUGCCAGUUCUUGUUA